UGAUAACUUGAAAACCAUAAAAUAUGAAAAAUCGAAAAGGAAGAAACUUGAAAUUGAAGUGCAUGAUUCGACCUAGUUUCGAGAGAUCAGGUUGCGUCGUACACUCUCGUUUCCACAUCGCCACCGACGAAUCUCCUUCCCAUCGCCAUCUGCUGUCGCCGCCACCCUCACCGCCGCCAACUCCAGCCGUAUCCACAACAGGGCAAAAUUAGCAGGAGGGUCAAACUUGUCAAUAUCAGUAAAGGAAGUUUUGUGAUUUUCCACCAUGGGAGAAGAAAAAGAAGCUGAAAAUACUCAAGUUUCUGAAUUAUCCACAACAGAAUUAGAAGAACAAAAUGAAAACACAUUGAAUUUUCUUGAUUCAGUGGAUAACUAUCUCAUCUUGAUUGAAUCAUUAACUUCCACACUUCGCCAGGGAUGGCUGGAGUUAGCUAGUGCUAGACAUUCAAUGGGAGGUUCACGUGUAAACACUGCUUUGCUUACCCUUAAACAACACUCUGCUGCUACAAAAGUGGAAGUAAAUUAUGACAAUGGUGGCUCAAUGAAAAAGUCACCACAUUUGACUUUAUGCAAAUGGACAUCUUCUGACAAAAAAGACUCGUCUUUUGAGAAAGAAAACACUGACAAUAAAGAUUCAACAAAAGAAAGCAAUGAAUCUGAAACAACUGCAUCACCACAUAAAACAGAAAACCAUCUUCAAAAAGAACGAGGGAAAGUACUAUCAAUGUUUGGGGGUUUGGUUUCUCCUAAGCUUCGGGCUUCUCAACUUUCAUUUGAGAAAGCUCUUGAAACACUUGUGGAGAUAGCAAAUGUACGUUCAUCAAUUCUUGGAUCUCAUCAUGCAUUGUUACAACACAAGGUUAAGGAUACGAAUAGCACUGAGGAAUGAAAAAAAUUGGCCAAUUGGGUUUUAACUAGUGUCCAAAAUAAUUACACACUAUAGUUUUGACUCCAUUUGUUGUCCACUCUUUUAUAUUUGUCUCCUUGGUGAUUGAUAUUUGUAAAUUACCAGUUUUGCUAUUACAUAGUUGGAUGUGACUUUAUUAAACUAUCAUUCUGUCAAUAUUUAUAUUCAUCUUCUAUGAUAUGAUAUUUAAAUAUGUUUUAUAAUAGUUAAGGAUUUUCAGCAUCUAUGUGGUUGGUUGAGUUUUAAUAUAUUUUGAUUUUUGGUUAUUUAAACCACAACAGUGUAGCAAUACUGAAUCAUUAGAAAUUUGAAGGUCAAAUUCUAUAAAAACUAUUGUAGUUUGGAUAUAUUUUUUUGUGCAACCAAUCAAAGAAUUUUUUUUCUUGUUUAACCACUGAAACUUUAUGAUGCAGGAGCAUCCGAUCACAACCUCAUUGGCUGAUUUUUUUAUGUUUUAGUUGAUUUGUUUCCUAUUUGAAUUAUGUUAAUAUAUUAAGAGAUUU